AUGACACGACGGCUCUUUAAGAGCUUGCAGCUGGGCGUGUCUCGUAGCGCACGACGACAGACAAAAUCCGCAUCGUCGUCUUUGCCGUCGUCACCGGAUAUCGCGCCCGUUGUUUCCAAUGGCGUGGGCAAUGGCAAGGCGGUCAAUGGUACGCGCAGGUAUCUGCAAGAUCUUGAUGUAUGGAAACAAGCGCCGAUACUCAAGGGCACGACGACUUUUGAGCCUCGUCCCGAUGUAAGGAACAUUAUGAUAACGGGAGGCGCAGGCUUCAUAGCGUCUUGGGUUGUGCGACACUUGACUCUUACGUAUCCAGACGCAUACAAUGUGGUUUCGUUUGACAAACUCGACUACUGCUCGUCCCUCAACAAUACGAGAGUUCUCAACGAUAAGCGCAAUUUCACCUUUUACCAUGGUGACCUCACAAAUCCAAGUGAAGUAUUGGACUGCAUGGAGCGAUAUAAAAUCGACACGGUCCUGCACUUUGCCGCUCAGUCUCAUGUGGACCUGAGCUUUGGCAACUCAUAUAGCUUCACUCACGCCAACGUGUACGGGACACAUGUGUUGCUGGAGAGCGCCAAGAAGGCUCAGAUCAAGCGCUUCAUCCAUGUCUCCACUGACGAAGUGUAUGGUGAGGUAAAGGAGGACGAUGAUGACUUGGUUGAGUCGAGCAUUCUUUCGCCCACAAACCCAUACGCGGCGAGCAAAGCGGCGGCGGAAAUGCUUGUUCAAUCUUACAACAAGAGCUUCAAGCUGCCCACCAUAAUUGUCCGAAGCAAUAAUGUGUACGGACCACACCAAUACCCAGAGAAAAUUAUACCCAAAUUCACUUGUCUUUUGAACCGGGGCCGACCUGUUGGUUUGCAUGGUGAUGGAAGCCCAACCAGACGCUAUCUUUAUGCUGGUGAUGCCGCAGAUGCCUUUGACACCAUUUUACACAAGGGCCACAUUGGCCAUAUUUACAAUGUCGGUUCUUCCGACGAAAUAUCAAAUCUAGAUCUUUGCUCCAAACUGUUAGACACAAUGGGCAUAGACCACUCGACACCAGAGCAGUUCCGCAAAUGGAUCAAGUACACGCACGACAGGCCGUUCAAUGACCGGCGGUAUGCGGUAGAUGGCACGAAGCUACGACUACUGGGUUGGACUCAAAACACAAGUUUCGAAAAAGGGGUGAAAACAACAGUUGACUGGUAUCUCAAAUACGGGGAGACUUGGUGGGGAGACAUCAGUCAUGUUCUUACACCGUUUCCCAUGGUUAGCGAAGGCGAAAUCGUGCCAGAUGUGGAGCAUUUGAUGAAGGAUGAUCCUGUUCAACCGGGAGAUGAGUGUCUGGUGAAUGGGAAACAGGAGAAUUAA